AUGAAAGAGCACAGAGCAACGAUAAAUAAUACUUAUACAGUAGCACUGCAAAUCAUCGUCAUGAAUAUUUCAAGUCUCAAGCACCGGCACUUUGAAAUCUUUUCCAACAAUUUCACCAAAGGGGUGCCAACAGGACCGUGCACCUUCGAUAAUGUAAUUUACCAAUACAUGGACCCGACGGUUUGUACCGUCGAGCUCGUUGUUCACAAUGGCCUUACCACCUCCAUACACGGCAUAACUAUCUUCGUUAUUCCCUGGCUCGACGUCCCCGAUGGCCUUUGCAUCUUCGCUCCGGAACUACUGUCAUUUCACCCUUUCGUCUCCUGCUUUCCUACCCAAGCUCAAUCUGUCCUUGUCAUUGCUGUCAUUUCUCUUCGUCGUUGUCGUUACAUGAUGGAACGUUCUACUGUUCAAGUUUACCAUUACUUACAAGACCUGAAUUCCUACAUUGGUACAUCCCAUGUUACUGUUGUAUUCAAAUAG